UCGUCACGCCUCCAGGUUUCCAGAAGUGGACAGCAUGAAGAUGAAGGAUACAAGCGUUCUCGUGUUGAUGUUUGGAGCGUGUCUGGAGCUUUGCAUCGGCGUUCCUGUGAUUAACAUAGAGGAUCGAGUCAUAGCUCAGGAUCAGGAGAUAGCUGAGAAAUAUCUGAAGCAAUUCUACACAAAUUCCAAAACUCUAUCAGCCUUUAGUGAACAAGAGGAAAACCAGGACACUCAGGAACUACCACUGAAGCGUAUGCAGGAGUUUUUUGGGCUGGAGGUGACAGGCAAGCUAGACACGAACACCAUUGAGGUGAUGAAACAGCCACGCUGUGGCGUUCCCGACGUUUCAAAUUACCAACAUUUCUGGGGCAGGCCAAGAUGGAAUAAACAAACCAUUACAUACAGAAUAACAGAGUACACACCAGAUCUGAGCCAGUGGGAAGUGGAUGCCACCAUCGCUCAGGCGUUCAAGCUGUACAGCGACGUCACUCCACUCACCUUUCAGCAGAUCUACAGUGGCACGGCCGACAUCAUGAUUCUCUUCAAAGCCAGAUAUCAUGGAGAUUUCCCAUUCGAUGGUCCUGGUGGUAUUCUGGCUCACGCCAAUGCUCCUGGUCCUAACGAGGGAGGUGAUUCACACUUCGAUGAGGACGAGACAUGGACUCUGAGCUCAGCAGGUAUAAACUUGCUCUUGGUGGCUGCCCAUGAGUUCGGACAUGCGCUCGGGUUGGAUCACUCACGGGAUCCCUCUGCUCUUAUGUAUCCUACGUACAGAUACGUCAACACUAAUGGAUAUCAGCUGCCUCUGGACGAUAAACAAGGAAUUCAGGCUCUCUAUGGUAACAAUGAAUGUAAGUGCACGUGUCCACAGCCAGGUCCCCAACCAGGUCCCCAACCGGAUCCACAACCAAACCCAUAUCCACCAGAGCGGUGCAAUCGAGACUUAGUGUUUGAUGCUGCAGUCAACAUAUGGAACGAGCUUUACUUCUUUAAGAAUGAAUAUUACUGGAAGAAAAGUCUGCUGCAAAAUAUCCCACAGACUUUAAUCAGAGCCACGUGGCCCUCCAUCACGUCUGUCGAUGCAGCUUAUGACCUUAACAAAAGCACCAGUUUCUUUUUCAAAGAUCAGUACUUCUGGGGCGUGACACCAACCUCCAUCUUGCCAGGAUAUCCGAAGCACAUUUCACACUUUGGCUUUCCUGCUUCAGUCACGAAGAUCGACGCUGCGGUGCACAUUAUCUUUACCGGCCGCACUCUGUUCUUUACUGGUGAUAAAUAUUGGAGCUAUUACGAGUUCUAUGAAGUUAUGGACGCUGGUUUCCCCAAACCCAUUCACGAAGAUUUCCCGGGUAUCGGCACCAAAGUGGACGCUGCUUUCGAAAAUAGUGGAUUCUUGUUCUUCUCUGAUGGACCCAGACAAACAGAAUACAUCUACAGUAGCAGAACUGUGAAUCGUGUUCUUCUGAAUUAUGGAUGGCUGGAUUGCUACUAAAAAAAACGUGGCUGGAAAAUGGUCUGGUCAGAAGGUUAUUAGUUUAAAUCCCAGCACCACCAAACUGGACCUCUGAGCAGGGCCCAUAACCCACACCUGCUGAGUUAAACAAAUAAGAUAACUGUAAGUCACUCAUAAGUCACUAAAUAUCAUACAUCGAUAUUGAUUGAGACUCAUACAUACACCACAACAGGCUACUACUUUUAUACAAUACACAAUUUUUAAACCUUUGUAAAUUGAGAUACAUUUGUGUAUUGAGGAGGGCAGCAAAUGCAAUGCCAAAUCUAUACAAAUAUGUCGUUUUACAGUUUUAUUAAAGCAGAUUUUGCAUGUUUGGUGCAUGUCAAUAAAGUCACAAUUUCAAACUGUGAA